CUCGUGUAGGCAAGCCAUGACGAGGAGUUUUCCAAAUUUGGAUUUUGGGAAGAAGGAGCUCGAGCGCUACAUUUCUCCAUGUACCAGAACGCUGCAGAAGCGUUCACUCCAGCGCCUCGGGCCUGCAAACAUGCGCUUUCUCCAUGGAAGAAGUGUCCUCCUUCUGCUUUUACUCAUCCUUGCAUUGACUGCGGACGAUAGCCAGGUCGCAGCUGCCCGGCAUAGACAGCAAGGGAAACAUGGAGCUACCAAAAACAGGUCACACAAGAAGAAAGCCCCCAAGGUCAUUCAAUUGAAGGAGCUGAUGUAUGAUCUGAGCUGCCAAGACCACGAGCUCGCGUCGUCAUUGGACAGCUCUAGCUGCCGUGGGGUGGGCCAACAUCGACAGAUGUACUGCCCCCGCAACAAAGGGGAGGACCUGUCAAACCUGGACACUGCUGCCGCAAAAGACUCAGAGUGCAAGGAGGCCUGGGUGACAGUGCUGGCAGACGAUGCAUUCCUGCCUGGAGUCCUGGUGUUGUUGCACUCUAUUAGACAGGU